CAGUGGAGCUGUUCGAAACUUCCCAUCCAAUCAGCAGCCAGAUUGAAAAACCAGUCAGCCAAUCACAGCGUUAGACGUUGUGCCCUAUCUGCAUAAUUGAUUUAAGCAGGAAGUUAUUUGCAUGCAUGCCGCGAAAUUUGAGCGUGCUGGCGGUGAGGAAGAAGAAGGUCUGCGGUGUCCUAGAGCCAUGAAGGAACCCCUCCCCAGAACCCAGACACUGACCAUGGCGACGCUGUUUGAUGGGAUCAACCAGCAGCUGGACUUCUCCAGCUGUGGAGAAGAUGGGAGCAGUGGCAACGCCUCGGACCACUUUGCCUCUCAGAUGUGCAGAACGCCUCGAGUGCAGCGCCACCGCAGCAGGAGCAGCCCCUCAACCUCAACCUCGCCGUCGCAGUGCGCCAGCCCCAUACCUUACGCUUCCUGGAAGAAGCUGAGGCUCUGUGACUCUCCCAGCACACCAAAGAGUUUGCUGUCAAAGUCCACCCUGCCUCUCUCUGGCGUUAAGAUAAGUCGCCAUCAGAGGAGUCUGCGGUUUUCCUGCACCGGUGCGAACUUGAUGCAGGUACCUUCUGUCAACGUAAACCCCUUCACCCCUGAGACGGUGCGCAGGAACAGUGAGCAACACUUGAGCUACAGCAUCAGAAGUGAUGAAGAGGAUGACAGGCUCAGGUUGAAAACCAGCCUCACUUCGUCUGAAGAGGAAGAUGAAGCUUUCUUCCCAUCAAAGAGACGAGCUGUUCAAGCCUUCCUGCUGUCGCGCUACGAGAGCGAGUUCCUGGAGCUGGAGUGCAUUGGCGAGGGCGAGUUCGGGGCCGUUUAUAAGUGUGUGAAGAGGCUGGAUGGCUGCCUGUACGCAAUAAAGCGCUCUCGACGCCCCCUGGCAGGUUCUGCCAACGAGCAGCUGGCCUUGAAGGAAGUGUAUGCACACGCUGUGCUCGGACACCACCCACAUGUGGUCCGCUAUUACUCUGCAUGGGCAGAGGAUGACCACAUGGUCAUCCAGAACGAAUACUGUGACGGCGGGAGUCUGAGCAACGCCAUCGCGAGGAAGGAGGCGCAGGGGGAGCGGCUCACGGAGGCCGAACUCAAAGAUCUGCUUCUGCAGGUUUCUAUGGGUCUGAAGUACAUCCACAGCUUGGGCCUUGUCCACUUGGACAUCAAGCCAAGCAAUAUUUUUAUUUGCCUGCCACCCAGCAUAAAUGAGGCAAGUGAGGAGGAGGAGGAUGACGAAGGCAACUCAGCUGGAGCCACUUACAAAAUUGGUGAUCUAGGUCAUGUUACAUCAACCAACAGCCCUCAAGUUGAAGAAGGAGACAGCCGCUUUUUGGCCCGUGAAGUCCUGCACGAGGAUUACAGACACCUUCCUAAAGCGGACAUAUUUGCCCUGGGCCUUACUGUUCUGUUGGCCGCUGGAGCUCCGCCCCUGCCACAAAAUGGAGAUCAGUGGCACCGAUUGAGGGAGGGGCAUAUUCCUGCGGUGUCACAGGAGCUGUCACCUUCCUUCAGAUCUUUACUGCAGUCAUUGCUGGACCCUGAUCCGGUGAAGAGGCCGUCCGCCAAGGAGCUCUGCAAGAACCCCGUCUUGAGGGAGAACCGGACCGAGAGGCUGGCGACCCGGCUCCGGAAGGAGCUGAACGUGGAGAAAUUUAGGAUAUCCAUUCUUGAGAAGGAACUCCGGGAGGCUCGCCUGGCAGCUCUGUCCCCAAAGGAAAACUUCUCUCCAGGGCUGAAAUCUACCAAGAUGGGGUCUCUGCCCCGGGCCCGAAAAAGGCUUGUAGGCAGGAACACGGCCCGAUCCUUGAGCUACGGGUGUUCCGGGUACGCAGCCUGACGUCCAGGCUCGCUUUGUAAACAGUCUGUGGUGAAAAAUGUAACUCCAGAUCUUCGGGGGGUGUCAUAAAAACGGCUUCAACUGUCAUGUGAGAAACUGGUUCAUCGAAGGAUCUGCGGGCUGUUCUUAGUUUUUCCAGUGUCUCCUUGGACUUCUGCGGUGCCAUGUGUCAGACUUUUUUUAAUGUAAAUAAACCUUUUAGAAGCUUUUUUUAACCGUAUUUUUUAACUCUUGUUUGAUUUAAUUUCCUUUUUAAUGGGUGUUCUUGAAAAUUCUGUUUACGACGUAUUUGUUUACCAGGGAGGAAGGUACUUUCCAGCCUGAACGUUGCCUUAUCACUUUACUGCAUGUAUGUAAGUCACACUUUGAUUUAAGUUUAGUUUUUUUUUUUAUGACAAGUGACAGUUUGUCAAAACUCACUAACAAUACUGGUGUUUUACUUUUUAAGCAGAGGUUUGUGAUGUUUUGUAUAAGAACUCAAAAUCUGUAUGUGUCAGCUUUUCACAAUAAAAUCCUGUUUUUCUUUUCCUUUGCUAA